AUGCCUACCGUCUGGUCCAAUAUUGGUGGUAUUUCUGUCGUGAAGUUCCACAAUAUCCGGGCCUUGGACGGCGACGGUGCAACCGCUGGCAUGGUUCAUCUGUUGAGGUACCAGCUGCCGCCAUCAACCUCAGUCGCAGAGCUUCUUGAUUCCUCUCUCGUCGACAACUACCGGGAUGCUGAAGUGACGAAUCCAAUACUCCGUCUAGCCUGGCAAAACAUCACUUGGACCGAGUCCGCAGUUCAGGAUUGUGUCAAAGUGAAGGCGUUGGUGCUGGAAGCUUUCGAGCCACAGGGUGCACGGGAUAGCAAACUCACCUUCGAGGGACUUGCCUUCUCUCAACUGAUGGAAGACACCUUUUGGUCACGCGAUGAGUUCUCUGUGAUCCAUGAGGUUUUGAUGAAGCCAAAGGGUGCAAAUGGGUGGCUAUCGGCUGGGACAAGUCCGCAACAACGGGUCAACAUGGGCACUCCCGUGAUCCGCAUGCGCAGGUUCCCUCCCGGCAUCUCAUUCGAGAACACCGUCGGUAAGGUAUUCGAGAUCAACCUCUUGGCGAAUGGUGACCGGAUUGCCCGGCUUUGUGGGAGACCAUAUUCGCUUCGAUUCAAAUACGUCAGAGACAAGGACCGUAUUUGCUCCUUCAAGGAAAUCAAGAACAUCUGGGUUCCCAUUGCUCAGUUUGAAGGACAUGAACUGAAGGCUACGGAGAAGAAAGCGCUGUAUACUCUGGUUGCGGCAGUGUUCUUGGACACAAACCAGAUACAUAUGUACAACCCUAUGGGUUCACAAAUUCUGCCAGACGUUGAGAAUCCCGUCACCCAUGGCAAGCGAUGGAGCGUGGAGGACAAGAAAGAUGGGUCGUUUUUGCUGUUCUAUGUCUGUGUUGGUGACCUUCAUUCGGGGGAUCUGCAGUGGGAUACAUUCAAUGAGAAUUCCGUACGCAGAGUUAUGGAUUUCGAGAUCAACCUCGAGUAA